UCCCAAAGAUCAGAAGGUCACGGACUGACCGCGUCCGCUCGGCUUCAAAUGCCUUCUAGCCUUUGAGAAGGGAAAUUAUUUUCUGCUUUAAUCGUUCGUAUUCACCUUCCAUUUGUAUUUCAUCCAUCUAACACGCUGUCGUAUUCGAGUGAACAGAAUGCUUGGCGUCUGCCACGUUGGCUCGGUUGUGUUGUGAGGCGCGCCUUGGAAAAAGAGUGCAGCCCUAGAAAGUAAACUGAAAACGACAGCUGCGUUGUAGUGCUGACGCUUCAAAAUGGACACACCGGUUCCGACUUAUGCGAAGAUGGAUGACGAGAAGGAAGCGUCCAAGAAACAAGAAGCAGAAGCGUACAGAUGGAGAUGGACUCCGGAAAAGGUCUACCACUGGGUGCUUGCUUUCACAGCCGCCGGAUAUGCCAUGUGGAGUUACGCGACCAACGAAGAGAAAACAUUUCUGGUCGACCAAAUGCACGGUGCCUUCAGAGAGAGCCCUUACGGUCUUCCGCAAAAGCAAGACAUGACGAAUUGGGGGUGGCGGACCACAACGUACGUCGUCACCACGAUGUGGAAGUGGUACCUUUUGCAUCCCGUGCUAGGCCGAGCAACAGCCUACAUCGCACCGUCGCUGGUUCCUGUCUUCUACGCCGCCUACUCCUCUCUGUUCGUGACCUUCUCCUUCGGCUGGGAAGUGACCCUCCUGUUCCUGGGACAACACGCAGCGUUCUACGCCGCAGCCGCAUCGCAUUUUCCUUCACUCUGCUAUGUAGCCGCCAUUGUCAUUCACUGCCAGAAGUUCGUGCUUCCUUAUGAUCCAUUCGAGUACAUGUAUCCCAGGUACGGCCUGAUGCCCUACAGGGCAGCCUUUGUCGCCUUUCACUGGAACCUUAUGCGCGGACUCAGCUUCAGCCUGGACUUCGUUAGAGCGAAACGCCAAAAGCACAGCGAUGAGAACAAAAGCAGGUGGCCGCCGUACUGGCAGUCGCUGGCCUACUUCAUAUACCUGCCCACGAUGUACUUGGGACCACCGCAGAACUACGACGACUUCGUAGCCGAGCUGAAUAAGACGAGAGCCCCAUGCACGCCGCGGGUGAUUGCUGGCGCCAUCGGGAGGUUGCUUCGUUCCGGUGCCCACUUCUUCCUCAUGGAACUUUUGGGUCACUUCUUGUACAGUUCGGCGAUGUCCGAAUGGCCAUGGAUAGGCGAGAGACUCGACCUAUUCAGCCUGGUGGGCUACGCCCUAUCUCUGCUAUUUCUCUUCUACAUGCGCUACCGGUUCACCUACGGCUUUGCCGGCGCCUUGGCCAACGCGGAAGGUGUCGAGGUCCCGCCACACUCUCCAUGCAUAGCCAUAAUGCACCGGUGCUCGCACUUCUGGAGGUACUUCGACCGCGGCAUGCACAAGUGGAUCCGGAGGUACAUAUACGAGCCGGUCGUAGCUGGCCGUCGCCGUGCUUUCCGGUUGGUGCUGGGCACGGCGGUGGCCUUCACCUUCACCUGGGUCUGGCACAGCAUGUACAUGCACGACGGUAUCUGGUGCGCGCUAAGCGUGCUCGGCAUCGCACUCGAGGUCAUCACCAUGGAGGCGAGGAAGUGGACGCCCAUCAAGAACUUCGAGGGCCGCUACCUGGCGUCAGCUGAGCGGAUGCGAGUGGCCAAGGCCUUCCUGGGAUCCCCGCACUUCCUGCUCACCAUCUGCGCUUGCAUCUUCCACUUGGCAGAGCUGGAAGUAUGCCUCAUCAUCUGCAGAAGGGUCCUAACCGGUUUUCCUUUCCCCAUAGUUCCCAUCUUGGUGGUCCUCUACAGCGCGUGCCACGUAGCCUUGGACGUGGCCGAGUGGGAAGCAUCGGCCAUAGCCAAGCAAAAACAAGCAUCGUCGUGAAUUACUUAACCGAGCCGCAUUACAAAACAGCUUCAAAGUGCAUCAAGCGCAUGAUAUUCCUUUUGUGUGUGAAUAUUUUAGUAGUAGCAGAAGUAUUAGUAAAAAAUAUUUUACACCUAAGCGGUAGAUUGGAGUUCCCCAACGGUGCUUGUGUGGCGGCAGCGGCAACUUCUUUCUGUGAAUUGAAUAUGGCGAUUCUACAGGAGGGCAUUGUGCUCAGUGACACAGGCGCUUUGUACAGAGUAGAGCCGGUACCGUAUUGCCGGCGUAGUAUAUAGGAAGAUGGCUUAAGCAUAGCGGACGCUAUAGCAGCACUAAACUAGGAGCUAUGAAGCGUUCGGAAACACUCACCUAUAGUGAAAUAAUUCCAAAGAAUAUAGACAACGGCUUUUGCGAAGUCUUGGGUACAUAUCGGGUACUGGCGAGCCAGACACCAAGGGCUUCUAAAAAGUGUCAGAGCUAUCUCAUACUUCAUUGUCCAUGAUUCAGGAGUUGCUCUCAUAUUCACACAUAUGCGAAUGUUUGUUUGUGCAUGUGUGUGUGUGGUGUUUUUCUUUAAUAAAACAUUUUU